AUGCCGGGACGGGCCAGCUAUCCUUGUGCAGCCGGCUCUGACACAUCCAGCAAGAAAAUCGAUCGGUCUCGGAGUGGCGUAACCUGUGUUACGCGACCCUGGCGAUUGCUGCGUGAAAUGAACGAUUCUACUAAUAGUAAAGGUAACAACCCUAAACCACAACCCCAGUUAGGAGUUACAGGGGUGUCAGAACAGGUGAGGCGCACGUCCGUCAGCAACAUCGGAGCCGACUGUAUUCGACGUGCUUUAUCUGGCAAAUAUAGACGGAAACAUGGAACCAACAGCACAACACCCAAACGUGAUUUGAGAUUUGACCGAGCCUUGAGCGAGGUGACCGUUGGAACUGAGAAUAAGCAGCCAGGGUCCGGGUCUAAUGAAGAGAAACGAGCGGCAGGGAUACCCUAG